AUUUCUUUUCUUUUCUUUUCAGUCCGAGUUGUCACCACCAAGUGGACAGUCUCUUGAAGCUAUCCGCAGUCUGUUAACACGUAUGCAGAAGUUGUUCGCUCCAAGAGAAAAACUAGAACUCCUAUUGGAUACCAUCUCGCACAUAUAUAGAGCUAUGUAUGAGAAUGGCGACACUUCUGGAUCUGGGGAUGCAGACGACCUUGUUCCAAUGAUUAUGUGGGUAUUGAGUCAGUCAGGCAUGGUGUCUGCAGAGGUGGAAGCAGACUACAUGUGGGGUCUGCUGCUUCCCAGUGCCUCCUCUGGUGAAGCAUCAUACUACCUUGAAGCUUUUCAUUCUGCUAUUCAUGCACUCAAGAAUCUCUCACCUUCACCAGAGUCUUCACCAGGAAAUAGUCUUGAUUCUGUUAGACAGGAUAUGUCUAUGGUAUCUGACCAGGGCAUCAUGAAGAUAGUUAUACCAGAUGAGAAGAAUGGCAGCAUAGUUACUCGUACAUUACCUAUUCGGCCUGCUACUACUACACGGGAAAUAUGCAAGAUGAUGGCACAUAAAAUGCGAGUCACAAACCCGCAAGACUAUGGACUGUAUAAACUUGUUGAUGGUCUUGGUAAGUCUAUGGUCACUAAAAUUUGUAUUAUAUAUCUUGCAUGCAGUCCUAUAACUAGCACAAAAUUUAAAUAUUUCAUAAAAUUUUUUUGCAAAGAUAAAUCACCUGAUGGUAGAGUUAUUAAUCAUUCGUUGAUUAGAAGUACCGUAUUUAUAUUUUCAUUUGUGUUUGUGUUAAUUCCCUUCUAUGAGGCUUGAGAUGUUUGAGCUCUC